AUGCAAGCGAUGCGGCGCAACGAGUAUGCGCGUGUGGACGCGACGGAGGUCGCGAGAGAUAAGACGGUGAGAGUCGCACGCGCAGCACCGCCGCCCGCACCCGCGCCCGCCCCGCCACUUCGACGAGCCAUCUCCGAUCAUACAUCAAUUUUUAUCCAUUGCACUCCGAAUUAUAUAACGGAUGCAAUGUUACAAGCUGAAUGCAAUUACAUGCACAAAUGCCAAUCAACAGUUAGAAUUGGCGCCGGCGCAGCUUGUGAUGCGUGGCCCGUAUGUGGGACAGACAAAUCAAGUAUUAAUUAUCCAUACAACACC